UGGGCCAGGCUCCCGAGCGUUGCUAUUUUGUGUACGGCGGCCGCGCGCGAGCCACCCCCCGACGGGGGUAGUUUGGCCUGACAGCCUCGCCGUAGGUGGUGGCGCCUGGCGCCAUGGACGUCAACCAGCCCAAGCAGGAGCACUUGCUGGCGCUGAAAGGUCCUGUUUUCCACUGGUCUAUGCAGCACGAGGCAAGGAAAUUCUUGUAAAUAAGAUGUGUUUCGGUCUAGAUUUGAGAGUCCUAAUCGAGAGACUGUUCCAUUUCCUAAUAAUUGGAUCCCUGCUGUGCAAGAAUGGAAGUGGUCUUGCAUUAUCGACCACAUCAGAGAGAUCUAAGGAAACUGCAAACAUUUGCAGAAGCAGCAGUGAAGGAGUUUCCCACUCGUCAGUUACCAAGAUUCACAGCGUGGUUUCCAAAUGAUUUAUACAGACUUCCCCUCAAACCAAAAAGGCAGCCACCUGUUAUCUCAUGUGAGGAAGCAGCAGAAGUGAAACGACGUUCUACAGCUUCAGAAUACGUGGUAGGAUCUCCUGAUUAUGACUGUACAAGAAAUCUCCUUGAGUUUCAGCCUAACGUGAGACAUGGGCAGACUUUAAUCCAAGCUGUUCACAGACCAAUUAACGUGGAGAAUCAAGAAGAAUCACCACUUAAUGAGAAACAAAAAUUGAAAAGGUCUUGGAGUGUCUCUCUCCCUAGUGCUAAGAUCAAAGAAAAGAUUCUUCCUUUGUCUGAAGAGCUGCAGAGUAAUUUGGAAAGACUGAAACUACAUGUGUUUUAUAGAGCCAAGUGGACGAUCGAACAGUCUAUUUGCAAUAACCAAACUUUGGAGGACAUUUGGGUGAAACUGAAUAAGCUCAUCAAACACAAUGAAUUACCGUCUUGCAAUGCUACAAUCCAAAGAUCUGUGGGCCAGAUAUGGAUUUUCUGUGAUAUAUUAUACUGUGAAUAUGUUAGAAAUGUUCUUAGAGAAAGGCUAAGUCUUACUGUGAUGAGGCUAACCAAGCCUACUUUGUUCACUAAUAUUCCGGUGACUUGUGAAGAGAGAGAUUUGCCAGGUAAUCUAUUUAACCAGCUCAUGAAAGAUGAUCCUUCUACAGUAAAUGGAGCAGAAACUUUGAUGUUAGGAGAAAUGCUUACUUUGCCUCAAAAUUUUGGAAAUAUAUUUCUGGGAGAGACGUUUUCCAGUUACAUUAGUGUACAUAAUGAUAGUAAUCAAAUUGUCAAGGACAUACUGGUAAAGGCUGAUCUUCAGACAAGUUCUCAGCGCUUGAAUCUUUCAGCUUCUAGUGCAGCAGUGACAGAACUCAAACCAGACUGUUGUAUUGAUGAUGUGAUUCAUCAUGAAGUAAAGGAAAUAGGAACACACAUCUUAGUUUGUGCAGUAAGUUACACUACACAGAUGGGAGAAAAGAUGUACUUCAGAAAGUUCUUCAAAUUUCAGGUUCUCAAACCGCUCGAUGUGAAGACUAAGUUCUAUAAUGCAGAGACAGAUGAAGUGUUUCUGGAAGCUCAGAUUCAGAAUAUCACCACCUCUCCAAUGUUUAUGGAGAAGGUUUCUUUGGAGCCAUCUAUUAUGUACAACGUUGCAGAACUGAACACAGUUGACACCUCAGGGGAAAGAGCAUCUACUUUUGGCUCAAGGACUUAUUUACAGCCUAUGGAUACACGUCAGUAUUUAUACUGCCUGAAGCCAAAGCAGGAAUUUGCAGAGAAAGCUGGAGUAAUAAAAGGUGUAACAGUGAUUGGGAAACUAGACAUCGUCUGGAAAACAAACCUGGGUGAACGAGGGAGGUUGCAAACUAGCCAGCUCCAAAGAAUGGCUCCCGGCUACGGCGACGUGAGGCUUUCUCUGGAGACCAUACCAGACACUGUCAGUUUGGAAGAACCUUUCAACAUUACGUGUAAAAUAACAAAUUGCAGCAGUGAAAGGACUAUGGAUCUGGUUUUGGAGAUGUGCAAUACAAGCUCCAUCCACUGGUGUGGAGUUUCAGGAAGGCAGCUUGGAAAGCUGCACCCAAGUUCCUCCCUCCAUCUCGCCCUGACGUUACUGUCUUCAGUGCAGGGACUGCAAAGUGUCUCUGGCUUAAGACUAACAGACACAUUUUUGAAGAGAACAUAUGAGUACGAUGACAUUGCACAAGUCUGUGUGGUUUCUUCAGAAGUCAAAAAGAUAAAGGAAGAAGUUCUGUAAAUACUUUUGCUGGGCUUUUCUGGACCAACCUGCUAUGGCUUUGCGGCUGAAUUAUUAAAACAUGUAAAAAGAGGAAAAAAACAAUAUA